AUGACAGAAUUGCCACCUACGAUUCCGGGCUCGCUGAACUCACUUCAUACAAAAAAUUUCUUCUCUGAAGUGCCAUUGAAUCUCGAUCCCCAGUCCCCCAUAAUACUGGGUGUUGAUGAGGCUGGUCGUGGCCCUGUGAUGGGACCUAUGGUAUACGCGGUUAGUUACUGUACUAAAGACUACCAAGACAAUAUUCUGAUCCCGAAAUAUGAAUUCGACGAUUCAAAGAAGCUGACUGAUCCGGUGCGCCGAUCACUGUUCCAGAAAAUGUGGUGUCCAUUGCCAGAGGUUCAAGAUGAACCACCUACCGGCUCUGCGAAAAGGACAGAAAUUGAUGGUGUGGGCUAUGCGACCACUUGCAUUACUCCCGUAGACAUUUCUACUGGGAUGUUAAGAUACCCUCCAUCAAAGAACUAUAACUUGAACGCUCAGGCACAUGAUGUUACAAUGAACCUCAUUCAAGGUGUUUUGGAUCAAGGUGUCAAUAUAGAUCAUGUCUAUGUUGAUACCGUUGGACCACCAGCAUCUUACCAGAAAAAACUAGAGGGUAGAUUUCCCCAUGUCAAAUUUACGGUGGCCAAGAAAGCUGAUUCACUUUAUUGCAUUGUAAGCGUCGCCAGUGUCGUUGCAAAAGUAACAAGAGACAUUCUGGUUGACUCAUUGAGGUCCUCUCCAGGCGAAAUUAUCGGUUCCGGCUAUCCAUCUGAUCCCAAGACAACUGCAUGGCUAAGGAAAAACCAAUCACCAUUAUUUGCAUGGCCCAAAGAGAUGGUCAGAUUCUCGUGGCAAACGUGUGAAACGCUCAUGAAUAAUCCGUCCACAGGCAGUAUUCCCAUCGAAUGGGAAGAACAGUUUCUAAACUCAAAAAAGAAUAUGGCACAGCAGUGGGCUGCAAAAUCAAUGGUUAACAAUGAACCUAUAACGCUCGAUAAUUGGUUCUCUUCCUAA